CGGAAGUGAUCAUCGGUCGGGUAGUUGCCAUGGCAGUGGCCAGGCGCGUUGCUGGGCGGAGGGAAGAUGGCGGUGACUAGCUGGCUGGAGAUUUUGCGGUCCGCCGAGAAGACGGCACUGCUGCAGGAUGGGAAGAGGAUGGUGCACUAUUUGUUCCCAGACGGGAAGGAAAUGGCGGAAGAAUAUGAUGAGAAGACCAGUGAACUCCUUGUGAGAAAGUGGCGUGUGAAAAAUGCCCUGGGAGCCUUGGGCCAGUGGCAGCUCGAAGUGGGAGAACCAAUGCCCUCAGGAGCUGGGAGCCUGGGAUCCGAGCUCAUCAAGGAAAGUAAUGCCAAUGUAUGUCUGUUUGUCCAGGGCCUUGUGGGGAUUGGGAGGAGACAUCUGACCCUAAGGGCAGGAUCCAUAAUGUGUUCACCUCAUAGCCACUCUGCCCACCUAACCAUCCAAAGGCCCAUCUUCAUGCGCAAGGACACCAAAACAAGUUUCCAGUGGCGGAUUCGAAAUCUCCCCUACCCAAAGGAUGUCUACAGUGUGUCGGUGGCCCAGAAGGAGCGCUGUGUCAUUGUUAGAACGACAAACAAAAAGUACUACAAGAAGUUCUCCAUUCCUGACUUAGACAGACACCAGCUUCCUCUGGAAGAUUCUGCACUGAGCUUUGCUCACGCCAACUGCACCCUGAUAAUCUCCUAUCAGAAGCCAAAGGAGGUCAUGGCAGCUGAGUCAGAGCUACAGAAGGAGUUAAAGAAGGUAAAGACAGCGCACAGCAGUGAUGGGGACUGCAAGACGCAGUAGCUGUUCUGAGCCUCGCACCUCCAGUGUGGAGGAAACUGAGAGACGUCCAGACUUGGGUUUUAUGCACAGGCAGCCUCUUCUCUUCUCAGAACUACAGAGUCCCCAGAACUGGCCCUUGGGGCACAGCUUGCUCCCACCUGUGGUUUUAUCCUGAGUAAAGUCAUUUGCAGUUGCUCUGGAAGGA